UACAUUACGCUUGAUCACCAUCAGUCGGCAUGGACUUUAUAAUGUCAGAAUUGCCAUACUUUGCGUUCCGUAACGUGCAUAUGCGCGCAUUUAUCUAUAGUAUACGUAACGUUUACUAUAGAAAAUGCGCGCAUAUGCGCGUUACGGAACGUGGCCAGGACCUCUGAUUGAGAGCGUACAGAGACGGAAAUAUUUACCGCAGGUUGUACCUAAUUCGAUGUUAUUCCCCGUGUAAUGAUGCACGUCGGUUUUCGCCAACAUCGUGUAGUAUUCGAUCUCCAAUUUCCUGUUAAAUCCAGACCACGAGACCUAAGGAUGAGUCGUCACUGGUGGCCAAUCAUUCUUCAGUUUCCUCGAUAAAACGAAUACUCGGAAAGCGAUUGGCCGCCGCGUUUCUCCGUCCGUAUUUCAAACGCAAUAUCCAUUAGAUAUAAUUAGUAAUUAGUAUUAACAAUAUAAUUAUUUCUCUUUAUAUAUCAAGAGUUUAACGAGAUCAGUAGUGUUUUGCAGUUAUUCGCAGGUGAUUCGACGAUCCGUAAAUUUACCGGACAUACGCAGACCUUUGCCUCGCAUCUGUAUAAUGGGAUUUACCAUUUCUUUCUUUUAUCUUAUCACGCUUAUCUGUAUCUAUCGUAGUGAAGAUAAUUUAUUUUUUUGUUGACAAUGUUAAAAACAUUUGUUUGCAAGUUCUCUUCUCUCUCUCCGCAAAAAAAGUUGAAUAUAAAAUCUCUUUUAUACGUAUAAAUAUUGGAGUGAUUAGUGAUAAUGGAAAAAAUAGGUAGUUCGUCUAGUCAAGUGGAAGAGCCUGUUAACAGUGAGCAAGCAGGAUUUCCUAAUGAAUCUACGGUCACAGCUGUAACAGUACCACCUAUAUUUGCUACGAAAGAUCAUCUAAUUGCAAACUGGUUUUCAUGGAAGAACGAAUUCCUUGCUUACUUGAGGAGGAUCGACAAAGCCGGAGACAACAGACACUUGUGGGGUAUCAUGCUUCUAAAUCGUAUGGGUCCCGUUGGGCAAAAGAUCCAUAGAACAUUCACUUUCUACGACAAGAACGAGCAGGAAGAUAUAACUGCGUUAAUUAAAAGAUUUGAUAUCUACUGCAUGUAUGGAGAUGCAAAAAGAGGCGGCGAAGACAUCGACAGAUACAUCAAUGAUUUGAUAUUUAUCGCUGUUACGUGGAAUCACGAUGAUCCCGCAGCAAUUGUGAAGGAGAAAAUUAUACAAGAUAUAAGUAUUCAACGUUUCACGGGAAAAGCUGCGCUUCUCAUAGAAAGUAAAGGAGAAAAUUUCAUACCGUACUUGCAAUCGUUGGGUCUCAACGAGAUUAUUCUAUUCUGGAAACAGUGUGAGGAUUUAAUGGCACAAAAGAUCGAGGAAACACCGAAACGGGACUCUCCCUAUACCGAGCCCACUGGAAUGGAAUAUACUCGAUCGAGUAUGGAACACAAACGAAACCGAUGCCCGGCUUGGAGAAAUUGUUUACACUUGUUGUUUUGUGCCCAAUGCAACAAGUGUAAACAAUUAAAUUAUUUCACGGAUAGACAUAAAGCUAAGUACAUAUACAGUUGUGCUAAAUGUGGAAUGAAUCAUCUUGAUUUACAUUGCCCGGCAUAUGGCGAACUGUGUACAAAGUGCGGCGAGAGAAAUCAUUUCUCGUUGAAAUGCCCCUCCGCGACAAGUUGCUCAAAAUGUGGUACGAAUCAUGCGGCAUCGACGUGUCCAGCGCAGGGUCAAAUACAUCGUCAUUAUAAGAAACCGAAUCACUUGGAAGAACAAUGCGCGAGCAAGUUGAACGAUGGUCAACAUAUACCUACGGUACAUGAAUCUUUCAUAUAAAAUAUUUUGGCUUAAUAUAAACUAAUAUAAAUUGCAUUUUGAGGACGAAAAUAAAUAGAAAAUAA